AUGUUGACAGAAUGCCCAGAAAUGCACCGGUGUCGUCCAAUUCAAAAAAUGUCGGUAUUUUCGAUAUGGAUAACGAGACCGGCGCAUACCAACCCAGAAAACGAACAUGCUAGAAAUUAUAGAGAAGUUGUACAUAAUAUAAAGUAUGCCAUUGCUAUGUCUAAUGAAGGUUCAGUGCGCUGCUCUCAACGUGUUUAUUUGGAAAGUUUACAAACUGAAGAUGUUUCAUAUUUCAUAUGUAGAUCAAAAUUAAAUGGAUUAUAUAAAUAUGAAAUAUUUGAGGAUGAUACUCCUGUUGUUACGAUUACAUCAUCGAAUGUAAUUGGCAAAAAAUAUGAUGUUAAAUUUAUUGGACAGCAAUAUACACUAGAAGGGGAUUUCGGUACACAUGAUUUUACAAUAAAAAAAGAUGGUGUAGCAGUUGCAACAAUUAGUAAGAAAUAUGUUAAAAAUGAUGAUUAUGUGGUCAACAUUGGAUGGCAACAAAAUAAAGCAUUAAUAAGUGUAUUGGCUAUGGUUAUUGAUGAUAUAGCAACUGAUUAA